GAUGAUUGAAUGGGAGAACGCUGCAAACCACUUAGACCCUGUCCUUGCUCGGGCAUGCAAAUCGGACAUUUUACGGAGUUGUCCACGAUCGUUGCUCGUUCGCACCGAUGCUGACGUGGACAAUUUGGACAAAGGUAUCCGUCAUUGCUUGCAAGAAACGCUGCGGAGCGGAAAGAUCGAAUCACGCGAAUGCCGAUUCGAGGUGAUCAACAUGCUCGAGGAGAUCCGAUCGGAUCUGCAUCUGAAUCCGGAGUUGUACCAAGCAUGCGCGCUGGAUGCGCAUCAGAACUGUCGUGAUAUCGAGCCUGGACAGGGACGCCUAUUGACUUGCCUGCUUCACGUGCUGGAUCACAAGGAUGCGUCUGCUGCCCUCUCUCCGAAGUGCAUCAGAAAGUUGUCUGAGCAACGUGAUUUGUGGAACUAUGUGGCCAAGCUCCAGCGAUCCGAUUCUUUGAGUGAAUUGGUGUAUCACGUGAACGCUAGUCAAUCGAGGAACUAUGUCCUUUUGUCUUUGUUCCUCUUUUUCUCUCUCAUCUUCGUAUUUGGGCUGUGCUGUGGCCGCGUGACGAAGCGAGUUCCGGUGGACAUAAAGUCCAAAUAAUCUCCGACUUUUCAUUUGCAUUCUUUUUGUGUACGUUCUGAAUCCAUCUAGCCUCUUUGCUGCGCAUUACCCGAUUCGAUGUUGCCCCAGUCCCGCCUGUGUGCAGUUGCAUUUGUGAAACAAUUCAUUUGUCCUUCUUCCUUUUGUUGUUUCUGACCGGUCUCCUUCUUUGUUAAACUUUUGUUUUUUUUCCUUUCUAUCAGCUGAACAUAAUUUGUCCUCAUCUACAGUUGUCCUACGCACCAUGCGCGUACACAUCAUUCUUGAUUCCAAAUAUGUGUUUGUAUGGAGGAGUGUCCUUGUUUUAUCAAUAUGCCAAGUGAAAUUG